CUGAGAGUAGCAUCAUGCUAGCUCACUGGCACUGCUUCUGCUGGACAUACAUGGCAUUCCUGGCAUGAUGCUGCGUCUUUUAAUAUUUUGACCACUUCAGCUCCAGCGACUCUAAGCCGGACAUUUUUGUUAUGGUGUCGGAGGAUGGAAACGGACGACGUGUCGGUGAGGGAGCAACUUUUCCAUAACCGUGUCCGGGAGACUAUCAUCUGUGUACUUCUCUUUACAUGCCUCUACAUUGUUUCCUACCUCAUACUUGCCCACUUCAAAAAGACUGCAGAGUUUGUCACAGAUGAUAUUGAGGAUGCUACUGUCAACAAAAUUGCGCUGUGGUUGUGUACAUUCACGCUGUCAGUUGCAGUGUGUGCGGUGCUGCUUCUCCCCAUCUCAAUUCUGUCGAACGAGGUGCUGCUCAGCUUCCCUCAGAGUUACUACAUGCAAUGGCUCAAUGGAUCGCUUAUCCAUGGACUGUGGAACCUAGUGUUCCUUUUCUCCAAUUUGUCCCUGGUUUUCCUUAUGCCCUUUGCCUACUUCUUCACUGAGUCUGAGGGGUUUGUGGGUUCCAAAAAGGGGGUAAUGGCACGAGUAUAUGAAGCAAUUGUCCUGUUGUUGCUGCUAGCUCUCCUUGUGUUGGGCAUUGUGUGGGUGGCAUCAGCCCUUCUCCACAACAACAUGGCUAGGAAGAGCCUCUACGACCUGUGGGAGUAUUACCUUCCCUACUUGUACUCGGGCAUCUCUCUUUUUGGAGUGCUGCUGCUACUGUUGUGCACUCCUUUUGGGUUGUCGCGAAUGUUUAGUGUAACUGGCAGCCUCUUGGUCAAACCCCGGCUGUUAGAAGAUGUAGAAGAUGCUCUCAGCUGCACCACAUUUGAGGAGGAGUCGCUGUCCAGGAAACUGAAAUGUGGCAGUUCUCAGUUGUGCUGGGUCAAACUGAACAUGGAGGCGAUGAAGAAAGAUCACCAAACACUCCGGACACAGCGUAUCGCCUUAGAGACACGAAGGAAAGCUUCACCUUGGCAGAGAAACUUGGGAUAUCCGUUGGCCAUGCUUAUGCUCCUCGUCCUCACAGUGAUGUGUGUACUUAUGGUCUGUUUCAAUGUAUUGGAGUUGCUCCUUGAUGAGACUGCUAUGCCCAGAGGAAUGGAAGACCCUCACCUUGGGAUGGCCUCCUUCUCAAUGUUUGGUUCACUGGGUGCAGCGGUUCAAGUAGUCCUCAUCCUCUAUCUAAUGGUGUCAUCGGUAGUUGGAUUCUAUAGCUCUCCGCUCUUCACUGGUCUGGUGCCUCGUGCAAAGGACACCAACCUCACUCAGAUGAUUGGCAACUGCGUUUCACUUCUCAUCCUGAGCUCCGCCCUUCCAGUUUUUUCACGCACACUUGGGAUUACACGCUUUGAUCUACUAGGAGACUUUGGCCGGUAUAACUGGCUUGAGAACUUUUAUGUUGUCUUCCUAUACAACAUGCUGUUUGCUGGCCUUACCUCUGCCUCCCUGAUCAAGACAGUCACAUGGGCAGUACAGAGAGAACUUAUCCGUGCAUUUGGUCUCCACAGACUACCUUUAACCGUUUCUCGGUCUACUGUCCCAUUCAGACUCCUCCUAGCAAGUGGACUGUCUAAAAUCCAGUGACCUUUAUCUUGUCACUCAUUUGUUUUUAAAAAUACUUUCUUGAUCAGUGUGUACUUGUUUGACUAAAGACUUGUGCAAUUCAGCACAAUCGUCAUUGUCUGGGACAGUCUGCUUGUGCUGAACAAAGCAACUUAAGAAGGUGAUGAGUCCACUUCACUUUGUCGAGUGGGUGCACCUCUCAGAGGUUUUAUGAUCAAAAUAUUGAAGCCUGUGCAGUCAUAUAACCUCUAAAGACAGCUCCAGGGCCAACCUGAGACGUGAUUUAUUACUCAAAAAGCAGGAAGGUGGAUUUAAGCCAUAUUACAUUGGCAUUGCUACCACAUGGAAGUAGCCUCCAAAGAGGAUGAAAUGGAUGGCAUUUGAAACAUACAAGUCAGCAAAGCUCUUUUGAAAUGUUAUGCUGUAGCUGUGAGAUAGUUUCCUCUUCCUGCUCCAGGUGGAUAGUGCGCUCUAUUUUUCCUCUUUCCUCUCGAAGGAUGUUCCACUAUUUUAAGAGUGUAAAUCUCACUUCCAUGUGGUCCAGCCUGGACUGGCGUCAUUGAAGGGAAGCUAGACAGAGCAAACAGAACAGCAGGGUACCAUGUGGGGUCUGUGGAUCCACAGGCUACACAUUUGAUGAAGACAUUCCAGCUACUUAAAAUUUCUCAUUAUGUAUUUUUGUACCAAGUUUUUUAGAUGAGCGACUUUAUGGAGUCACACCGUUACUCCUUGACAUAAAAAUACUAUAAGAAAGCUUUAAAUUAUUUCUAUGCAUCCAUUGCCAAGUGAAACUCACUGGGACGGAAUUGUGUUCUAGACCAACUAAACUGUGAAUUAUUACAGUAGUAUCUCGGUUAGCGUUCUCCCCGGUUAGCGUGUUUUAUGCUUAGCAUAGACAAUUUACGCCACAGUUGUGCCCCGUUAGCAUACAACAUGGUGCACGUCUUGUCAUAUCUAUGACGACAUCACAGAUGGCCGACAUAACUUCCGGUUCCGGUUGCCAUUUUGUUUAGCUGUCUAAUAGAACGAUAACAAGGAAGGGUGUUUUGUUAUUUAAAAAAUAUAUUACAAACACAGUGGACUACAACACGACAAGGCGCGCGCCAUAUUGUACGGUAAUGCAUGAAAAACGGAGGCAAAAUUGGGGCAUAAGUUUUCGACGUUAACCGAAAAACAGGCUAACCGGCGCGGACGCUAACCGAUAUUCCACUUUACAUUGAUUUGUGGGGAAGUGCAAUAUGUUGAAAUCAAAGCACACUGAACUAUAUUGGUGAUUUAAAAUGGUAUGGCAUCUCAGCUGCCUCUGUCUGUGCGGAUGUGUUGUGGUAGUUUUGGUUAUGCAUCGCCUUCUGGUACCAGUUUAAAUCUUCACAUAACUUCAACUGUGUCUUCAUCAGUGCUAAGUAAACAUUGCAUUCGACAUUGUGCUGCUGAUGGUUUGUCACAUUUUUUCAUUUGCUGCUGUAUCAGCAGGUUAUUAGAUGUUGGGUGGACCAGCAGGGGGCAGUGUAUUUCAAGUUCAACAUCAACCGCUGUGUUGUGUAGUUCUUUUUGCUCCCUUUUGAUUUAUUUACUGUAUAUUGUAUAUAAGGGCACUCUGAACUUUCUUAUUCACUUUUUUACAUGGAUUUUCAUUUCUUUUUUUCAGUGGGAUCACAAUGUUUCUAAUAUACUUUCUAAAUCAUAUGUUUGGGAGCAACACAUCCCCAUAUUAGAAUUGUUAGAUUAUGUUGAAUGUGAUACAACUGAAAUGCAAAAUCUUUAGAGUUGUUCUCAAAGAUUGCAAAAUGUGCUCGUUUAACAAUUUCUAUGUUGCUUUAACAGGAAAAAACAAUAAAAGUUGUCUUGUUUUUUUAAGUUGUUUUGAAUGUUUUUUGUGAUACUGUAACCUUUUACAAACUGGGACAAAUGUCUCAUCAGUAUGGGUAUUUUUGACCAAUGUGGGCGUUUGUCCUCCACCUCCCUUCACCCUUUAGUUACACUUCUUUAAUCAGCUCAAGAAGAAAGCUGUAUUUUUGCUUGUCUUUCAGCAGCGUCCAGCCAUGACGCCACUACAGCCAUAGCCCACACUUUCCCUGCUCUGAUGCAAGUGCCAGAUAAAAAAAAAAAGUCUUGAAUCAGCAGAACUGCCAUUCUCUCCUUCACGUCCCCACCGCCUUUCUUCCAUCACUUUUCUUUGCCUAUUGUCCAUUUCCUCAUCUCGUUUUUCUGAAGUCAGUUCAAGAAAAGGCCGACUCUUAAUUCCUCUCCCUUGAUUUUUUGUUUGCAUUGCUGGUUUUGUUUCUUUGGAUGUCUUAAUCAAGCUUAUUUGCUUUAGGUUUUGCUUUGCUUUGUGUUUCCUCUACAGAGAGGAAAUGAACUCAAAUGUUGCUGUAACGUUUGUGCACAUCUGGAGCCUGCUUAAGUUGUGAGGAAGUGACACGAGUGCCAGAUAUAAGGUGUGUUGAGAGACAGGCUUGUGCCUUAUUGUUGGGUCUCAUCAGUGUCAUAAAUGUUGAGCACACCUGACCUAAAUUGCUGGAACAUGGCUGUUAAUAGGUAUGACUGUGACUGAUGACAAGUAGUCAGGAAAUGCAUUUCAUUGAAUUGUGUUGUGUGUAUGUAUGUACUGUAUAUAAGUCUUGAUCAUUAGUAACAUGGUCAAAAUUAGACAUUGCUGAACAAUAUUUUUAGGAUUGCACUUAUUCAUAUAUUUCAAUCCAAUCUGUGCUCCUGGAGGAAGAGCUAGUCCGGACUGACACAUUUCAAUACCUGUUUGAGGCGGACGACCACCCAACACUGAGCCUCAGUGCUGUUCCAGGUUUCUUUGUUAAAGUUUUUCCUUGCCUCCAUUGCUGAAGUGCUUUGAUCAUGUGGAGUUGAUGUUUGAGCAUGGUCUUUGACUUGUGUGACCAUGUGUUAAGUGAUUUGAAAUAACUUCUGUUGUGAAUUGGUGCUAAAUUUAAACAAUCUAUCCUUUAAAAUAAGGGAGCCGUUUUCAUUUGUCGGUAAUGUGUAUAGUAUGUGGGUUUCUUACUAAUUGUGAAUUACUAAUGUCUUAUAUCGCACAUUUCUGAUGAGCAUAUUGUUCAAAAUCUUAAAGUGUCAUGACUUAGAUUUUUGUAACAGCAAACUUGGGAGGGAUCAAUUUAUUCCUAUCCAAGCCA